AGCAGCCGCGGUAGGAGGCUAGCUAGCGGCGCAGCAGCAGCAAGAAGCGGUUCUUGGUGUGUGUGUGUGUGUUUUUUCUUUGUUCCAAGAAGAUGCCUUCCCGGCGUAAGGCGGAGCGCGGCUGCGGGUGCUGGGCGGCCGUCGCAAGGGGGCUACGUGGGGCCUGCUUCCGGCCGCCGCCGCCGGCGGGCGACGAGAAGGGGGCGGCGGGGGGAUCCGCCAAGGGCAGUCACGUCCACGACGCAGCAGAGACCAGGUAUCUAAAUGCUAGCAAUCGAGAGCUUGGUGAUCAUUUUCAGACAAACCUUGAUGAUGAAAAUGGUGUUAAUGCAUCAGCUGAAAAGAAAACACCUCCCAAGCUUCUCCAGUUUACUUUCCAAGAGUUGAAAUCUGCCACAGUUAACUUUAGACCAGAUAGUAUUCUUGGAGAGGGUGGGUUUGGGUAUGUAUUCAAGGGGUGGAUUGAUCCAAACAGCACAUCUCCUGCAAAACCCGGUACUGGUCUUACAGUUGCUGUCAAGAGUUUGAAGCAGGAUGCACUUCAAGGUCAUAGAGAAUGGGUGGCAGAAGUUGAUUUUCUGGGACAGUUGCAUCACAAACACCUUGUUAAGCUGAUUGGAUACUGUAUCGAGGAUGACCAAAGGUUGCUUGUAUAUGAAUUCAUGGCCCGGGGAAGUCUUGAAAACCAUCUUUUCAGAAGGGCUCUUCCCCUACCUUGGCCCUGUAGAAUGAAGAUUGCACUUGGCGCUGCUAAGGGGCUAGCCUUCCUCCAUGGAGGUCCCAAACCAGUAAUUUACAGGGAUUUUAAGACGUCAAACAUCCUUCUUGAUGUGGAUUACAAUGCAAAACUUUCAGAUUUUGGGUUAGCAAAAGCUGGUCCUCAAGGCGAUAAAACUCAUGUCUCUACUCGGGUUGUUGGUACCUACGGUUAUGCUGCGCCUGAAUAUGUAAUGACAGGACACUUAACAUCCAAGAGUGAUGUAUAUAGUUUCGGAGUUGUGUUACUAGAGAUGUUAACCGGUAGAAGAUCAAUGGACAAGAAACGGCCUACUGGGGAGCAGAACCUGGUAGCAUGGGCAAGGCCAUAUCUAAGCGAUCGGCGAAGGCUCUAUCAACUCGUAGAUCCUCGCUUGGGGCUGAAUUAUUCAGUUAGAGGGGUGCAGAAGGUUGCUCAGAUCUGCUACCACUGCCUUAGCCGUGACACCAAGUCUCGUCCGACAAUGGAUGAAGUUGUCAAGCACCUGACACCAUUGCAGGACCUAAAUGACAUGGCCUCUGCAUCAUAUAGACCUCGAUCAUCUCAGCGUGGAAAGGCACGUCGGUGAUGGCUGGCUGGCUACAUUGCUACUACAAAGCAGCAAAUUUUAUGAUUCUUCAGGUCAUUGCUGGUUGCUUGUUUUUGGUUUAAUUGUACAGCGAAACUAGGUUUGAUAAUCCCCAAAUCUCUGGAGAGAUGUGAUGUGACGCCCCUCUGAUGUCUAUCUCGCUUGGAUGAUCGACUGGUCACUCUGUCUGGUGACCGGUUGCACGAGCGAAAAACGACAUGUAUGUGUGGUUGCAACGUGUAAUAACAACUUAAUUUUCUAACAUGGGCCGAUCAUCCGGUUGAUGUUUUCCAAA